AUGGCCGACGAAGACGUGGCAACCCGAGCGCCAGAGAGCGAUGCUCAGGAACAGAGUGGCAUCGCCGGCGACACGAAGCCCGACCAAGGUGCUGCGAGCAUGGGAGAACACUGCACUACCGAUCGUCCUACACCGGCCGGCGAGCAACCCACUGGGGAGAUCGCCAAACUGAAUCAUGUCGACGUCUACAUAUCGAAGCCUUCAGACUACCCACAUGCCCCCUCCAAGCUGCUACUGCUCCUGACCGGAGGCACGGGCAUCCACUCGACCAACAACCAGAUCCAGGCAGACAAGUACGCCGCAGAAGGCUUCUUGGUAGUCAUGCCAGACCAAUUCGCAGGCGACCCAGCCUCGUCCAUCUCGACCACCCAAACAGCCGCCGCCGAACAGAACCCGAGCGUGAUUGAGCAAUUGAAGCUCGGUGUCGCAUCCGUCGCUAAGUCAUUCACGAUUGAUAUGUGGCUUGCUCGUCACACACCGGAAAAGGUCCUUCCUAUCCUGAACAAAGUGAUCGACUCCGUCAAGGAAGAGUUUGCAGACGCAGUCGCUCAUGGAGAAGGCAUUUACGCUGUCGGAUACUGCUUUGGCGCCAAGUACGUCUUGCUGCUCGGCUCCGAGCUCCAUGCAGACGUAGCAGCUGGUCAGCGUUCGGCAGAGACACAAGCAGAAGAAGGCAUGGUAAAGAACGGCCCACGGAUCAAGGUCGGCGCCAUCGCACACGGCACUCAGAUCACCGUCACAGAUCUGGAGCACUGCCAGGUUCCACUUGGAAUUGUGGCUGUCGAGCAAGACAGUCUGUUCCCGGACCACAUUCGCGAAGCAGGAAUCAAGAAGCUGCAGGAGAACGGCGUGGAGCACGAAGUCCAAGUCUAUCCUGAUGUACCACAUGGCUUUGCAGUACUAGGAGACUACGAGGACAGCAAAAUCAAGCAGAAGCAGGGCGAAGCGUUCCAGCAGCUCGUGCAGUGGCUCAAGUCACACUAG